AAAACAGAAUAUAUGUCUUCCUAGAAGUCCGCCGGUUCGUCGGCUUCAAAUCCGAAGACAAAACCAUAACUGCCGAGAAGACGCUAUCUUCGGUGACGACUGACGACCACGAGAGGGUUGAUCAAUGGCGAAACAACCACGUGUCAGUCGGAACUUCCAUUGGCAUCAGAUAGCCCUAUCUCUUCCCUUCCCCAUCACUUCAGUAGUCUCAUGAUCGUUAGACUCAUCAUCGACGCUUACAUAUAUAAAGAACGCACGCAACAGUCAGCCAUAGCGAGCAGGACCAGUACCAGGUUCUUCAGUUUCAGUCCUAAAAGGUUUCGGUCGCCAUGGAUCACGCGGCGGAUGCUCACAGGACUGAUUUGAUGACCAUCACCCGUUUUGUUCUUAACGAGCAAUCCAAGCACCCCGAUUCCCGUGGAGACUUCACCAUCUUGCUCAGUCACAUUGUUCUCGGUUGCAAAUUCGUCUGCUCCGCUGUCAACAAGGCGGGUCUUGCAAAACUUAUCGGACUUGCUGGAGAGACCAACGUUCAGGGUGAAGAGCAGAAGAAACUUGAUGUGCUUUCCAAUGAGGUUUUUGUCAAGGCUUUGAUAAGCAGCGGUCGAACAUCUAUCCUUGUUUCUGAAGAGGAUGAAGAAGCAACCUUUGUGGAGCCAUCAAAGCGUGGAAAGUACUGUGUUGUUUUUGAUCCGCUGGAUGGAUCCUCUAACAUCGACUGUGGUGUUUCCAUUGGAACCAUAUUUGGAAUCUAUACGGUGAAAGAUAGGGAGAACCCAAUUCUAGAUGAUGUGCUAAAGCCUGGGAAGCAUAUGGUAGCAGCUGGCUACUGCAUGUAUGGAAGUUCUUGCACGUUUGUCUUGAGCACUGGAAGUGGUGUCAAUGGUUUCACACUUGAUCCUUCUCUUGGCGAGUUCAUACUAACUCAUCCAGAUAUUAAGAUCCCAAAGAAAGGUAAAAUAUACUCAGUAAAUGAAGGAAAUGCGAAGAAUUGGGAUGAACCAACAGCCAAAUACGUGGAUAAAUGCAAGUUUCCUAAAGAUGGUUCAUCACCAAAAUCCCUUAGAUACGUUGGAAGUAUGGUAGCUGAUGUCCACCGCACAUUACUUUAUGGGGGUAUCUUUUUGUACCCUGCUGAUAAGAAGAGCCCAAAUGGAAAACUACGUGUUCUCUAUGAAGUCUUCCCAAUGUCAUUCUUAAUGGAACAAGCAGGUGGUCAAGCAUUUACUGGCAAGCAACGGGCACUUGACUUGGUUCCAAAGAAGAUCCACGAGCGGUCUCCAAUAUUCCUUGGUAGUUAUGAUGAUGUUGAGGAAAUAAAAGCACUGUAUGCUGCUGAAGGGAAGAAAGAAUAACCUGCAAACUGCAACCCCUCAAACUAAAAUUUUAUUCUUUGUUUUGGUAGUAUAUCAGAUCCAUUCUCUGAUCUGCUUAUAAGACGAAACAUUCCCUAGGAUCUCUUUGUAAUCCAAGAAACAAUUUCCUAAAGGAAAGGUUAGGAUUCAAGAUCCAUUUCUA